AUGACACAAGGAUUAAAGGAACCCAAAGUCUGGCUGAUCACCGGCGCUCUGACCGGGUUUGGGCGGCUCAUGACCCAGCUCGUCCUCUCCCAUGGCGACAGCUGCGUAGCGACCUCGCUCGACCCUUCAGCCCUGCAAGACCUGAGCACCCAAUACGGUACUAAGCUGCUCAACCUGCACCUGGACGUCACAGACGCUUCUGGGAUCAAGAGCGUGUUCAGCGCUGCUAAAGCCCAUUUCGGACGUCUCGACGUGGUGUACAACAAUGCUGGGCUUGGGUUCUAUGGCGUCGUCGAGUCCGUACCGGAGGAAGCGGCGCGCAAACUGUUCGACGUCAACUUCUGGGCAGUGGUCGCUGUGUCCAAAGAGGCCGUCCGGUUUUUCAGGGAUGAGAACCCUACCAAGGGGGGCAAGCUGUUCAUUAUGAGCUCGACCGUGGGCUUGUGGCCUAUUUCCCAGAUCGGGCAUUAUGCAGCUACGAAACAUGCGGUGGAAGCGGUCACCCUGUCGAUGAUGCGCGAGCUCAAGCCAGAAUGGAACAUCCAGACAACGCUGGUCGAACCAGGGUGGUUCCUCACUCCUAUUCUGGGGAAAAGCUCGGGAAGGUGGUACGACUGUCCUGAGCUGUAUGGCGGAGACGAGCGGACCGGCCUUCGUAUCAAGGGCAUCGGCAAGCCGGGCGACCCGGAAAAGGCCGUAGAGCUGAUAUACUCUGUCGCGCAGAGAGAGAAACUGCCAGAACAUCUGCCGAUUGGGGAGCUGGUCAUCAAGAGCUUGAGGAGUUUGGCGAAGAGGUGGACGGCGGUGGCGGAUGAGUGGGAGGUCGAGGGCGGAAAGACUGAGUUUGGGGAGGGGACGCCGUUGGAUGUGCUUGAUUGA